AUGGCGUCGCGAUCUCGGCAGUCGGGUUCGUCCUUCGACUCGUCGCCAUCCAAUACACAAGAUGAUACAAAGAAUGAUAAAAGGUCCUUCGGAAACUUCGUCAAAAAUGCUUGGCAGAAGACUGGACUGGACCGCCCGACCGUCCUCUUGAUGAUGAAGGGCGGUCUUGCGCCAACUAUAGCGGUUGCUAUCUACCAAGCCAUGCCCGUUGCCCACGAGUAUACCACAUUGGGGUAUCUUGUGGCAAUUAUUUCGAUUCUGGGUUUCGCUAUCAUGCCCCGGGCAAAGUUUAUUCAAAUGAUGAUUUUUGAUGUUUUGGCUGUCUGUGUAGCAGCGUGUUUUGCGCUGUUGACGAUGUAUUCCAGUGUCAAGGCUCGUCAGCAUACAGCUGCCAAUACCACUGACAAGUACAACUCCUCUGCAUCUGCGGUUAGUGGCGUCUGGCUGUUCUUCCAGAUUUGGAUGGUCCACACCUUCCGAGCCAAAUACCCGCAACUGCAGUUCCCGGUGAUUAUAUACGCGAUUUUUGCGAAUAUUUCUUCGGUGUAUGCUCCUUCAAUGAUGAACAUGACUUCGGCAAUCAGCUUGAUAGAGCGAUUGUUGAAGUCAUUUCUCACUGGUCUCGGGAUAUCCACCGUGACAUCUAUGUUCAUUCUUCCAAUGACCUCGCGCCAGGCUGUCUUCAAGCAAAUGGCCGGUUACAUAGGCGGGCUUCGCUCGGCCUUGAAAGCCCAUGCUGUGUAUUUCGAAACUCUGGAAAGGGACGAUAUGUUUGGUCGCACAGAGACAUUUGAUGACGCUCAAGAGAAGUUUGGCAAGAAAGGCAAGGUCUACAGCCCUGAAGCGGAGGCCAUUCGCGGUGCGAUCCGACAAAUUACGGACCUUCAUGCCAAACUUCAUGGUGACCUUACGUUUGCGAAGCGUGAGAUCGCGUUGGGCAAACUGGGACCCGAUGAUCUUCAAGCAAUAUUCCGCCACCUUCGCCAGAUCAUGAUUCCUGUUGUGGGGUUGAGCUUCGUAGUAGACAUCUUCCAGCGACUGUCAGACUACAACAGAUGGAAUCAGCCUAUUGACAUGAAUUUGGACGUUGUGCCGGAAGAUGUGCGUCAACGGGUAGUGCAUGAAUGGAAUGAUAUCAUGAGGGCUGUUCACGAUCCCUUUGCAAUGAUGAUCAACACCAUUGAUGAGGGUUUGCUGCAUACUUCAUAUGUGUUCAGGCUCACAAAACCACCAAAGCGAACAGCUGCUGCAACUUCUAAAGUUGGAAACUCAAAUGACGAGAACGAUGAUGUUGAGGCCUCGGCUGAGAACACGGCUCCUGGCGAAAAGGCAUUCACCGAACACUUCGAAAAGCAGCUUGGCGAGUUUCGAAGUGCGAAGCGUCUUGCUCUGCAGACAUGGGCAGAGGAAAAGGGAGUCUCCCUUCCACCAGAUUUCUUCGAUCACCCAACCUCUCCGGAAAUCCUUCAGACAGACUUUUUGGAUACCUCGGCCACACAGAAAGAACGAAGUCGACGACAGUUAUAUCUAUUUUUAUAUAUGGAGCAAUUGCUUUACUCAACUGGCCAGACCGUUCUGGACUUUGUGCGCUAUGCCGAUCAUGUUGAGGCCAAAGGAAAGCUGCUGAAGACUCGACUGGUCAUUCCAGGUGGCAAGCGAAUCUGGAAAUGGGCCAAAUCCUUCUUAAGUGCGGAGGAUUCGCAUGACGAUGACAAUUUAGGGGAUAUCCAUACCCAGAACAAUAUCCUCCAACUCGGCGAAGCGUAUAGACUUCGCAAGGAUCCUGAGCACUUACCACCUACUAGCGUCUUCCAAAAGAUUGGCGACAAAAUUCGUGUCAUUCCUUGGUUCCUGCGCUCUUUUGAAUCAACGUACGGUUUCAGAGUUGCGCUAGCCACUAUGACGAUCGCUGUGGUGGCUUUCCUCCGCGAUACCCAGACAUUUUUCACCCAGCAGCGAUUGGUGUGGGCCAUGAUCAUGGUAAAUCUGAGCAUGUCCCCCACAUCGGGACAGAGUAUCUUUAGCUUCGUGUUGCGGAUUCUUGGUACCACCAUCGCAAUGGUGGCUAGUCUUCUGAUCUGGUAUAUCCCCGAUCAGAAGACCCCUGGAGUGAUCGUGUUCUUGUUCAUAUUUGUUUCCAUUGGCUUCUAUAUCCCCAUCAAAGUCUUCCGUUUCCGAGUUGUGGGGAUUAUCAGCAUCGUCACUACUACCAUGAUCAUUGGCUAUGAACUUCAAGUUCGGAGAGUUGGUGAGGCUGUGGCGACUUCCAAUGGGCAGCCUUAUUACCCCAUUUACCUGCUGGCACCAUACCGUCUGGCUACCGUUUCGGGCGGUAUAGCCGUUGCAUUUUUCUGGACAUUUUUCCCAUAUCCGAUCUCCGAGCACUCGGUGCUCCGCCAGAGUCUGGGAGCAUCGCUGUAUCUCCUGGCUAAUUACUACUCGAUCAUCCAUGAGACGAUCUCCGGUCGCAUGCGCGGCGACGAGGGUGAUUACCUACUCAAGAGCUCUGCAGGUCGCAAAUUGGAGAAAGCGCGACACAAAGUAUUCUCAAAGCAGAUGCUCAUGCUAGCCGGUUUGCGGACGUACUCCGAGUUUCUACAAUGGGAGGUUCCAAUCGGUGGACGAUUCCCAAAGAAGCAGUACGACUCAAUUAUUCUCUGCGUAGAGAAUAUUGUGAAUUACCUAAGUUUACUUGGCUACGCAUCCGACACCGUGAUGCACCUAGGCGAAGACGACGACGUCACAAACACAGCCUGGAUGCACGAUUUCCGCCGCCUAGUGGGCACCGCCAAAGUUACGACCCACGAAGUCACAUCUCUGCUCUGUCUUCUCUCUGCAAGCAUCACAAACAGACAGCCUCUCCCGCCAUACCUGAAAGCGCCGCGGCCGUACAGCUUCACCAAGCGCCUGGAAGCACUUGACAGCGACAUUCUGAGUCUUCGGCACAUUGCCGAGCCGGGAUUUGCUGCUUUCGCCGUCCUGCAGAUCUCCACCCGGUGUAUUGUCGGGGACGUGGAUCGGCUGCUUCGACAUGUGAAAAGCUUAGUCGGGGAGUUGGAUUUUUCUUUCCAUGCGGUUAGUAAUACGGAAUCAAUGGCUGCGUCGCGCAUGCCUUCGAGGAUGGGGUCGAGGGUAGAUGUGGGUGAGAUCCCGGCAUCAAGUCAGGGUGGUGAUCGGGAUAAGACAGAUUGA